AUGUCGACAACCAACGCCUCAACCGGCUACACCCACUUUCAUCUACACCUCGGAAGAACACCGCGCCUGUUACCGCCACUGACGCCAGAAGGAGUACGGACAGUGCGCGAAGAGUUCCCAACAGACGUCACGAACGCCCUUGAGGCAAUCAUGUCCCUCAAAACGGACAUCGCCGAUGCACAUGACGCUCUACUGGCUUCGAAGAUACAACAAGCGCACGCAGCAAACACACACAGAGGUGACGAACCUUCGUUCAAUGUCGGCGACCCCGUAUAUCUGUCAACGGCUCACCGCCGACGCGAAUAUCUCAAUGGCGACAAUAAACGGGUGGCCAAA